GCCUCCCAAAGUCAGACUCCUGAUGCGGAGUCUGAGCUCAUCGAGCCAGACACCCACGUAGCUUUCCUGAAGUGGAUGGGCUACAAAGGGAGAAUCCAGGAGCUUGAAGAGCCUUACAGGAUGGACGAAUGGAUGAAAUCAGUAAGCCUCAUGCUGACCCACAGCCUUGUGACUCAGAAGUUCAAAGCGCUUGGCAAGGAUAUGACACAGGAGCCGCGUAGCAAGCAAGUCUUCGAGCUCUACAUGGAGUUCCUGGCUUGA